AUGCCCAAAAAACCACCUUCAAAGCCUCAUCGACGGGAUUCCACAGCAGCAGAAUCAGCUAACAGUGUUCGACACUCUUUGUUGCAUCAAGAGGCAGGGCCCUUAAAAUUGGAUAGCACUUGUGAUUGGCCUGAUGUGUUAAAUCAACGUUUGGCGCAGAUGGUCACACGCAUGAAAGAGAAUGGUUGGUUGUUGCAGCAGUCUGAGGAAAUCGAGUUCAAUGUUUGGAAGCAUAAUUCGUUGCAUGGAAAACCGCAUCAAAGAAAAAUCAUUUUUCGCAAGGGAGAAGAUGAAAUUUUGGAAAUCAUAGAUGGACAAAAACAAAUAGAUAUCACAAAAAUAAGAGAGGUUGACCUUUCACACGACAAUGAGCUGACAAUUUUGCAAGCCAAUCAUCAAACACCAACAUCCUUUUCAUUUGAAAAUCUCAACACAUACCUUUCAUUCGGAAUCAUGUUUCUUUAUGGGCUGCUGAGAUGUCACGACCAAUUACAAAUGAACGAGAAUUUGUCAUGCAUACUCGUUCAAUCCCCAAAUGAUUCCAACCAUUCUCACGCUAUUUCAUCAGAGGUGAAAAUUGUGGCCUUCGCUGGAAUACCAGUCUCAUUUACAUUGUUGAGCCAUGACAUACUUGACUUUCAAAUAACAACAUUAGAGCCCAUAUGGAAGGCGACACUUAUCGCUCAAACCUUAAGCCAACACAAUGUCAAACAGCUGAAAAAACAUCAAUGGAGAGUAUAUAUUGAACUAGAGUGUCAUAGAAACAAGAAAUUGAAAAAGAGAAUACCUGUCUCUAUCAAAUCUUCCAAAUUUUGCUUGAAGCAUAGCCAUUUUUGUUUUCAUGGUGACGCAGUCGCCAAUGCUAAUGACCAGAUAUUCAUUGACGUGCAUACCUGUGACAUGUUUCUCAACCCAUCCUUUUCCGGAUUUAAUUUCGAAUUAUUGGAAAUUCAAAUUUUUGAAGUAACAUCGAAAUCAAGAUUUCAUUGGAUGAAUGGUCAAUUCAUCGGUGGUGAAGACAGUUCUCACUUGAAUAUUGACAUGAUACAAUCUGAAACAAAGAUUGUCAUUGCAUUCUCCAGCAAGAAAGCGUCAAUUUAUGACAUUGAGCUGUUUUACACAAUUGAUGACAAACGAGCGAGCUUGAAUUCGACAGAUCCAAUCGACAGCAGGUUGACGUGCCAGAUAUCUCCUUCGAUAUUUGAUCAUUAUAACAUUCUUUUUAACAAUGAUUCAUUGAAUACAUCAAUGGACGCCCUUUCAAUGGUUUUUACGGCAGUCGACGCAUAUGACAACGAGAUAGAAUUAAAGAACUUGGAGAACAUUGAAAUCAAACUUCGAUACGAUGCUCCUACCGAAUAUCUCGAAUAUGCUGACUUUCUUCAACCUAAUCAUACCUCAAUCAAAGCAACUUACCUUCAUGAAAACGGGCCAAAGUUGAAAGCAUCUUUUACCCCUGCAUGGAAAGGAGUUUAUACAGUUGUUUUUUAUUUCAAGAGCAGAAAAUAA